AUGUACGGUGCUGAUCUUAACGCCCGCACAAAGAAAGGUAACACUCCCCUGCACAUCUGCGUCACGAACGAGGCGGACCUCUGUCUACAUCUCCUUCUGGUGCGCGGCGCCGAUCCCACCCUGACCAAUGAGCAGGGGCAAACCCCACUGGAGUACUGCGUUCUGACCAAUAGGAAUGCGCUCGUCCAAAUAUUCAACGACUUCAAGCCGGAAGACGCAGACAAACUCAUUAGAACUUCGGAUUCGAGGUCGCUCGUUUGCCGUACCGAGAAAGCUGCAUCACCAAGCGGAAUUUUAAAGUGA